AUGGGCACACCUUUCAUUUCCCUCCUCGAGCCGACCCCCUUCCCAUGGGACCGCACGCUCCCAGCAGAGGCCCAACCCAACCCGUCCGCCAUUCCGCGCACCUUCCUCGACGCCAUGUCCGUUCGCCAGCGCGUUUUUGUCCAGGAGCAGCAGAUCCCGCAGGAAAACGAAUUCGACUCGGACGACCUGCGCUCCUGCCACUGGGUCAUCUACGCCUCGGUCAACGAGACGCUGGCCGCGGCGGUGACCGACCCUUCCACGGGCGCCGUCCUGCAGCCGCGGCGGAGCUCCACCACAUCCCUGCCGAUCGGCACCCUCCGGCUGGUCCCCUUCCCGCACCCGCCCCACCCGGUCGUCGGGGGCGACUACGUCGACAACCAACUCGUCAACCCCAAACCGGAUCCAGAUGAUGAGAAGGAGAAGCAGCAACAGCAGCAGAAGCAGGAACACCAACGAAAGCCCUCCUUCACCCCGGACCGGUCCACAACCUACCACGACGGCACCGAGCCCUACGUCAAGCUGGGCCGGCUGGCCGUGCGGCCCGAGUUCCGGGGGCGGGGCAUCGCCCGGCAGCUGGUGAGGAGCGCCAUCGCGUGGAUGCGGCAAAACCCGAGCUACUUUGACCCAAGCCCGGCGGAGCAGGGGUUUGAGCAGCUGGGCAUGGAACAGGGCGGGACGGUGCCCAAAUGGGCGGGGCUGAUUUGCGUGCACGCACAGGAGGAGGCCGUCAAGGUGUGGGAGAGGUGCGGUUUCAAGGUGGACGAGGGCAUGGGCCGCUGGACCGAGGAGGGGAUUCCGCAUGUGGGUAUGUUCUUGAGGGUAACGUUGGGAUCGGACGGGGAUGGGGCGAUGAGGUGA